GUGCAUGAGUGCAAGCUGCGCUCAAAAAAAUCCUCUCCUACCAAACUGGAGGUGUCCAGUUUCCAUCUAUAAAAGAGAGGAAAAGUGAUAGAUCUCCAUCCUCAGUGUUUCUGUAGCUGAUCAGCCAUGCGACUGGUCAGCCUACAGCAGCGUGUGCGGCGGGCGGCGGAGCCAGAGGCUGAACCUGCCCCGGCUCCGCCCCCUCCACCUUCUCACCACUCCCACAACUUCAUGAACAUGAAGAACAAGUUCUUUAAUGAGCUCGGCCACUUACCCAACCCCAAGAUCAAGUUGCCCAUGUGGGCAAUUGGGGCCAUUGUGGUGGUGGUCCUGGCCCUGGUGGGCUGCUUGGCCUUCUGCAUCUAUAAGAAGUGUUUAGGAGGGAAGAAGAAAGCAAAGAAAGUGCGGGAGAGAAAGGGCGGACGCCGGCGGAGGAAAAAGGAGGGCGAGGGAGAGGAUGGAGCGGAGGAGGCGAAGCAAGAAGAGGGUGAGGAAAAAGAGCAGGAAUUAUUUGGUAAACUGGAGUACUCUCUGGACUACAACUUCACAGACAAUCAGCUCAUCGUUGGUAUCCUACAAGCUCAGGACCUGCCUGCUAUGGAUAUAGGUGGAACCUCUGACCCCUAUGUGAAAGUGUACAUGCUUCCUGACAAGAAGAAGAAAUUUGAGACAAAAGUCCAGCGCAAGAACCUGUGUCCCGUUUUUAACGAGACAUUCAUUUUCAAGAUCCCCUUCAAUGACCUGGCUGGACAGACUUUGGUCUUGCAGGUGUUCGACUUUGACCGCUUUGGCAAGCAUGAUGUGAUCGGUGAGAUUAAAAUAGCCAUGAACAGUAUUGACCUGGGACAGCCUAUCCAUGAGUGGAAAGACCUGGUGGGAGGAGAAAAAGAAGAGCAAGAGAAGUUGGGUGACAUCUGCAUCUCCUUACGAUACGUUCCCACCUCUGGCAAGCUCACAGUCUGUAUAAUGGAGGCCAAGAACCUGAAGAAGAUGGACGUGGGUGGUUUAUCAGAUCCAUUUGUAAAGGUGGUUCUCCAACACAACGGGAAACGUUUGAAGAAGAAGAAGACGACAGUUAAACAGAACACACUGAACCCGUACUUCAAUGAAAGCUUUAGCUUUGAAAUCCCCUUCGCUCAGAUACAGAAGAUCCAGGUGUUGAUCACAGUCUAUGACUACGAUAAGCUGGGCAGUAAUGAUGCUAUUGGAAAAUGCUGGAUUGGCUAUGGAGCCAGUGGAGUGGGUCUACGCCACUGGUCAGACAUGCUGGCCAACCCCAGGCGUCCUGUGGCCCAGUGGCACACACUCCAGCCAGAGGAGGAAGUGGAUGCAGCCCUGAAGGCUCCUAUCCGCUAAACACACACAGAACACACACCACUGCUCCCUUUAAUUGAAUAGAAUAAAAACAAUAAAACCCUGCUGAAAGUCCAGCUCAAGACCAGCUUUUGCUGGUAGCUGGUUUUAGAUGGUCUAAGCUGGUCUUUGAUGGUCUAGCUGGCUAUCUAAUUGAAGCUAGGCUAGAUAAGCUGGUUGUCAAACACCAUAGUUAUGCUGGUCAACCAGCAUGGUCAUAGUGACCAACUUUUUUGGUCUUGCUGGUCAACCAGCAUUGUCAUUAUUAGGGGUGGGAAUCAAUGGGCCUGUGAUGCGAAAUUAUCACGAUACAUUUCCUGCAAUAACAAUGACAUUACAACACUGUGAAUCUGCGAUACUCAAUAUAUUGCAAGACAAUACUCUACAACAGGGGUCGGCAAUGGGUGGCCCGCGGGCUACAUUCCUACCCGGUCACUCUGUCACGUUCAUCGUGGAGAAAUUUAGUUAGUGAAAUUGGCCACCAACUUUGGGGGCACGUAUCGAUAUUGAUAUUCGAUGACGCAUAUCGCUAAUGUAACUCAAAUAAAAGCGAUACAAUAUAUUGUGAUGUUAAUAUUUAGUCCCAUCCCUAAUCAAUACAGUCAACCAGUUUGGUCGUACAUGUCAUGAGGACAGGCUGGUCAACCAGCAUAUAUUGCAUAUAAUGGUCAUGCUGGUUAACCAAUUUGGUCAAGAUGGUCAUGCUGGUUACACUAGUCAGCUACCUUAGUCAUGCUGGUGAACCAAUAUGGUCAUGAAGAGUCAUGCCAGUUAAAGACUUACUGGUCAACCAUUUUGGUCAAUUAUCAAGGGUGGGAAUGAUAGGGCUCACAACAAUAAGAUAUUAUCACAAUAAUUGAUAUACUGCAAGACAAUUUUCAUCAAACUCAUAUAAAAUCAUACCUGUUGUUGAUAAGCUAAGCUGCUCAACCAGCUGAACCAUCUUGAUCAGAUUAAGCUGGCCAAGCAUUUUUUUCUCCUGCAAGUACUUUAAUAUGUUCAUGCAAAACAACACUUUUCAGAAGAAUACAGUUAGAGAGUGUACACUUACACACGUCACUUAAAACACUACAUAAACCUUACAAUCAUUACUAACCUCACCAUUCAAAUAGAUAUGUACGCUAAUACCUAGCCUACCUGCUAAACACACACCUGAGGACCUAGCAAUUGGGUUUACAUACCUGUCCAGAGAUGUGUUUAUCCCAGCAGAAUCUCAAUUUUAUCCUCAGGUGAACUCACGGUGCAAUCGCGCAAACCCCCACUUUACACCCGAGUCCCUUUAUUAAAGAUGUUCCUGCCGGUGUUUCUUUCACAUCCCGCUGAGUGUAACCAUGACCUGUUCUGUCUGCUGUAGAAAACACACACCCACAAGCCAUCCACACACACAGGGAGCAAUUUAAUCUAAUUCACCAUUUUCAUGAUGUUAUUCUUGGAGCAUUUUUUGCUUGUGUAUGUUCGUAAGUGCAUGAGAGGUAUGUAUAUGUGUGUGUAUUUGUUGUAUAUGAGUGAAUGGAAAGAGUAUAUGUGUUUUUGUCUAUAAAUAUAUUGUGUUGAAAUGUAUUGAAAGAGUACAACCCUGUUUUCCAUCCUUGUUCUGCACUGUGAAAUACUGACUGUAAAUACAACGAGAGGAUACAAUCUAAA